GAAUACUAAAGCAGUGCCAGUUUUAGUAACUUUCUUUUAGGUAUCACGUGGAAAAGUAAAUUUCAUUUAGUGACUCGUACUCUUCGCAUGCGGAUCUAUAAACCAUAUACACAUAGCGAAGACGCAAAAAAAAUGCUUUUUGGAGCAUUAAUAUUAGUUAGUACUAUUUUAGCAACGAAUGGAUAUCCUUCUACACCUCCAAGUUCUGACAUAGUACAUCAGGAUUCCAUACAACAAGAAGUCGUAUAUCAAACUCCCGAAGAACAACAGUUUAUACUUCAAAGCCCCGAAGAACAGCUAGUAUUUCAAAGUCCCGAAGAACAAAAGUACCUGUAUCAAUCAGGACAAGAACCGUUUAACGAUGAUUUAUUCGGUGACAUUAAUUCACCAUCGGGAUUCGUGGAACAAGGAGUAGAUUUCACGAUUAGCUGCGUUGGGGAGAACAAAAUUUGUACCAGUAAAAACGAUUGUGUAAAUGGUUAUGUCCAUGUUGCGAACAAUGUUGCCUAUUCCGUACCCGGCAAGGUUCAGCAAUGUAAAGUGCAAACUGAAGUUUGUUGCACAAUCGCAGAAUCUCAAGGAACGGUCGUAAAGACUGAAACACCGAAACAAGAGUUAGGAAGUGACGCUAAUAAUGUAGGAACCAAAGUUCCGCGUCCACUCGUACCAUCGCACCAAGGUGAAGAAAAUAGAGGAACAGGAAAUUUGCAGCCAGCCGACGAUAUCGCUGUACAAAAUGCUUUUGCAGCCGCAAUACCCGUGCAGGUUGGCUGUGCCGCAGCUCUUCUCUGCGUUGAAGAAAAGUUUUGCACCAUGGACGGUACAAUUAGUCCAGAACCUGUAACAUUAUCUGGUAAACAAUUGUUCCAGCGUGUGCCACUAAGCACGUGCAAAAAUCCUGAUAAUGGAAUAAUUGGCAAGUGCUGCCGGGAUCCAAAUUACGUGGAUCCUUGGCCCACCGGAAAUUUACCUGCUAAUUACUCUGGUGGAUUCGACGAACAAGGAUUCCCAACGUUCCUGAAUAUCGCAAAAGUAAAACCUACGAAAACAACUAAAGGAGGAACAAAAUCCCCUCGUCCACAACCUCGUCCGCCAGUUGAACAAAAAAUAGAACCAACGUUGUUACCGGAAAAUUCGGUAGUUUCUUCGGAAGUUUUGCUUCCGCCGAUUGAAAAUGUUCCUGUUGAUGAAAACAGAAAACACCAGUUUGUAGAACAACCCGCACAGAUAUGCGGUGUUAGAAACAAGGUGUUGCAAAAAGCUGAAGAAUCAGAAACAGCGUUUGCCGAAAUUCCAUGGCAAGCAAUGGUUUUGCAUUCUGAGGAGAGGAAAAUUCUUUGCUCUGGUGCCUUGGUCAGUGCUUAUGAUGUAUUAACGGCUGCAAAUUGCGUCGACAGGUUGUUGCCGAAUGACGUUUCCAUAAAGUUGGGAGAAUGGAAACUAGGAUACGAGUUAAAACAUGAGGAGCCACUUCCUUAUCAGAUUAUCAACGUGUCAUAUAUCAAUAUACAUCCUGGUUACUCGAAAGGAUACGGAGAACAUGAUCUUGCAAUUUUACAUUUACAGCAGCCUGCAACAUUUAAUUAUCAUAUAAAUCCUCUUUGCAUGCCCACUAUAAGGACGCCAUUGCAACAAAAUAGACAGUGCAUCACCACCGGAUGGGGAAAAUCCAUCCUUCAAGCCCAUUACGCUGGAGCGAUCAUGCACGCAGUAAAUCUGGACAUCUUGUCACAAGAACGUUGUAAGCAACAGAUAUCGCAUACAGACCUAAGUGUUAACACUGUAGACGGAACUAUUUGUGCUAAAACUACAAAGGAAAUAAAUAAUGUAUGUGAAACAGACGUUGGAGGACCACUAGCUUGCGAAAAUGAAAGUGGUCUUUAUGAAUUAGCUGGAAUUUACAGUCAAGAUACAGGAUGCCUUCCAACAAAUCAGGUUGCUAUUUUUGCUCCAUUAGAUGAUAAAUGGGUAAAAGAAACGAUGCUUAAAUCACCGAGCGAAAGUUUAACGUUUACGAAUCAAAAAGAAUCUAGUACAGAAUAUCAAGAAUCGCUACUUGUAAACGAUUAUAGACAAAGCACGUUAUCCACGGAUAAUCAGUACCUACCUCCAAAUUAAAAAUUCAUUAACCAACGCAUUUGUACUAUUAUUGUAUAAUAUUUUAAUUGUCCAUAAAAUAGUUUUAAGGAGACCAAUAAAAAACUUACAUUCCUAAUUAUUGUAUAAGAUAUUACCAACAGAAUAUGUUAUGUAAUUAUUUCUUGAACUGACGAUGUAAUAAAGUAUUAUUAACAUAUUUAAAUACUGUUUUAUGCAUUAAAAUUAUGUAGGUAUGAUUGAGAAGUAAUUUAGGAGGUUGAAAAUAUAUUCGAAGCCUCAUUCUUAUUUGUAUUUUCGCGCGCUUUGUCUGAAAUUGACAGUUACCAUCAAAUGCUCGUCCGUUACAGUCCGCGAUUGUGUUCUUUAAAAAAGUACGUCUGAAAUAUAUAUUGCGUAUUUCUGUA